ACUCUCUCUCUUUCCCGUUCUUUAUCCUCUUCAGAACUUUUUUUUCUUUUAAUUCUUAUUUUAUUACAUUAGACACCGUUGUUUCUAGAAAUAUAUCCAGAGAGAUCCAAGGUUUCCGGCGAGUGUUUCCCAGUUGCCGAAUAAGAACGGCGGCGAUGACAGAUUUAAUCUCCGGUGAGGCCUAUCAAGAAACACAUUAAUCAAUGUUAGAUCCAUUUGUUCUAUUCCGUCUCCGAUCCAAAACGUGGUUCAACAGGAGGAAAAAAAAUAAUAACAACAUCAAAAAAAUCAACUAGAUUAUUGUUUUAUUGCAAUAAUAGAAAUACUUUUUUUCUUUUUUGUUUGUUUGUUUGUUUGUAUAAGUUUUGGCUUUCUUGUAUAUACAAUAGAUUUUUCAAUUUUGUUUUGUACAGUGUUUGUAAUAAAAGAAAAAUUGAGAAGAAAGUGGCAGAAAUGAAUUUGAGCGCGGCGGAGGAUGAAUCGGAGAAAGAAAUCCAUAUACCGGCCGAAAUAGAUUGGGAAAUGCUUGAUAAAUCUAAGUUUUUCUUUCUCGGUGCCGCGCUCUUUUCAGGUUUUGGAAUGGUCAGGCUUGAGGGCUUUAGGGCUUUAUAUAGAGGAUUUGGGACUUCUUUAAUGGGUACAAUUCCUGCUAGAGCCUUGUACAUGGGUGCGCUUGAGGUUACUAAGAGUAAUGUGGGGACUGCUACGGUUGGGUUAGGUUUUACUGAAGCGACCGCUGCUACUACUGCGAAUGCGGUCGCUGGGCUGAGUGCUGCUCUGGCUGCUCAACUUGUUUGGACCCCAAUUGAUGUUGUGAGCCAGAGACUUAUGGUUCAGGGGGCAGGUAAUGCAUCAACUACGUGUAAAUAUUCAAAUGGGAUUGAUGCGUUUAGGAAAAUUAUUACUAGUGAUGGACUCAGAGGAUUGUAUAGAGGUUUUGGGAUAUCUAUUCUGACUUAUGCGCCUUCUAAUGCUGUUUGGUGGGCUUCUUACUCUGUUGCUCAGAGGAUGGUUUGGGGUGGUGUUGGGUGCUACUUUUCCAAGAAACAUCAAGAUGGGGUUAAUGUUGAUUCUAAUAAUACGCUAAAACCUGAUUCAAAAACAGUAAUGGCAGUUCAGGGAGUCAGUGCAGCGAUGGCAGGUGGUGUUUCUGCUUUAAUUACGAUGCCACUUGAUACAAUUAAGACCAGAAUGCAGGUUCUGGAUGGAGAGGAAAACGGAAGGCGUGGACCGACUAUUGGACAGACUGUUAGAAAUCUUGUUAGGGAAGGUGGUUGGAUGGCUUGCUACAGGGGAUUGGGGCCACGCUGGGCUUCAAUGUCCAUGUCUGCAACAACAAUGAUCACUACCUAUGAGUUUCUUAAACGCCUCUCAACCAAGAACCAAGAAGUUCUGCAGUGAUAUAGGAAAACGGGGAAAAGGUUUUUUUCUUUUCCUUUUUAUUUUUAUUUUCAUCUAUCUUUGUCUAAAUGCUAGCUGUCCAUGUUUUUUUCUCUUUUUCACUGUCUUUCUCUUUGUUUCCUUUGCCUGCCUGCUCAAGAAAAAUGAUCAAUGUAAAUGCAUGCAGGUUUCCACCAUAUGUAUAUAUAUAAAUAUAUAUAAAUUUUGUUCUCUUUCUGCUUCUUA